UUUGAACUACUCCACACUUCUACGAUGGUCCGUUCGGUAAACGCUGUUUUGCUGCUGUUUCUAUUGCCCUUGGCCACCAAGGCCGCGUUUCUUUCAAACCUGAAUACCACCUGUUUCCGGUGCAUGUGCGAGGCUUCAACCGGAUGCAAUGUGAAGGCAGCGUGCAGACAGAUGUACUGUGGUCCAUUCGCGAUAUCGCGCGCGUACUGGAUAGAUGCUGGCAAGGUUGUCCUACCAUCGGACAAAGCGACACGCUGGGGCGCUUUCGAGGAUUGUGCGAACGAUUAUAAUUGUGCGACCAACAUUAUCAACCAUUACAUGGAGAAGUACGCUACGGAUUGUAACCUGGACGGGCUGGUGGAUUGCACCGAUUAUACGAUGCUGCACGUAAACGGAGGCCCAAUAUGCAACCAACCGCUUUCCGGUGCAUUUGCGCGAACGUUUUCGAAAUGCUUAGAAAACUCUGGGCGGAAUUCGCGACAAUAAAUAAAAUACA